CACUCGGCCCACUCACGCAUCUCUCUCACUCGGCCCACUCGCGCCCCUCUCGCACUCGGCCCACUCACGCAUCUCUCUCACUCGGCCCACUCACGCCCCUCUCGCACUUGGCCCACUCACGCCUCUCUCGUACUCGGCCCACUCGCACCUCUCUCUCACUCGGCCCACUCGCGCCUCUCUCUUACUCGGCCCACUCACACCCCUCUUGCACUCGGCCCACUCACGCCUCUCUCUCACUCGUCCCACUCAUGCCCCUCUCGCACUCGGCCCACUCACGCCUCUCUCGCACUCGGCCCACUCGCGCCUCUCUCUCACUCGGCCCACUCACUCCCCUCUCGCACUCGGCCCACUCGCGCCUCUCUCUCACUCGGCCCACUCACUCCCCUCUCGCACUCGGCCCACUCACGCAUCUCUCUCACUCGGCCCACUCACGCCCCUCUCGCACUCGGCCCACCCACGCCUCUCUCGCACUCGGCCCACUCGCACCUCUCUCUCACUCGGCCCACUCGCGCCUCUCUCUCACUCGGCCCACUCACACCCCUCUUGCACUCGGCCCACUCACGCAUCUCUCUCACUCGGCCCACUCACGCCCCUCUCGCACUCGGCCCACUCACGCAUCUCUCUCACUCGGCCCACUCACGCCCCUCUCGCACUCGGCCCACUCGCGCCUCUCUCUCACUCGGCCCACUCGCGCCUCUCUCUCACUCGGCCCACUCACGCCCCUCUCGCACUCGGCCCACUCACGCCUCUCUCGCACUCGGCCCACUCGCACCUCUCUCUCACUCGGCCCACUCGCGCCUCUCUCUCACUCGGCCCACUCACACCCCUCUUGCACUCGGCCCACUCACGCAUCUCUCUCACUCGGCCCACUCACGCCCCUCUCGCACUCGGCCCACUCACGCAUCUCUCUCACUCGGCCCACUCACGCCCCUCUCGCACUCGGCCCACUCGCGCCUCUCUCUCACUCGGCCCACUCGCGCCUCUCUCUCACUCGGCCCACUCACGCCCCUCUCGCACUCGGCCCACUCACGCCUCUCUCGCACUCGGCCCACUCGCACCUCUCUCUCACUCGGCCCACUCGCGCCUCUCUCUCACUCGGCCCACUCACACCCCUCUUGCACUCGGCCCACUCACGCAUCUCUCUCACUCGGCCCACUCACGCCCCUCUCGUACUCAGCCCACUCACGCAUCUCUCUCACUCGGCCCACUCACACCCCUCUCGCACUCGGCCCACUCACGCCUCUCUCGCACUCGGCCCACUCACGCCCCUCUCGCACUCGGCCCACUCACGCCUCUCUCGCACUCGGCCCUCUCGCCCUUGCAGCCCUCUUGCCCCUGAACAAGACCUGAGGCCAGGCCUCUGGGCCUGCUGCUCCACCUGCACCCUUCCUGGAUUCCUCCCGCAACGCCCGGCAGCCCUCCAAGGCUGGAAGGAGCUCUGGCAGGUCGAGCAGGCCUGUGCCCCUGCCAUGCACCUCCUUGGGGACCCUCUCAGCCAUGAAGACGGGGCAGGCAACUGCUGAAGGUUGGACAAGACUGGUCUCUCUGGGGACAGUGACGAGAACAACAAUUUUGCAAUCUGAGGACAGGAUCAACUGUUUGUGGACUGGUUAUUUUUGUCCAUCAUCUCUACUAAGAAGUUUGUGAACUUAAAAACCCGUGAACAACAUCUUUCAACAUGGCAGGAAGAAGAGGAGGAGGAAAUCAUGUCAGGACCAUAAUUUCUGGGCCUGUACUCUGGCGCCAGAAAUCAAGGAUGCUUACACAAAGAACUGAUAAGGCACCUGCGGCUCCCGGCUCUGAAGGGAAACGGCUGAUGUGCGAGCGGGAAGAAUUGCGCAGGGGUUUUCUCUAGGCGGGAAUGACUACUUUGAAUGUGGGGGGAGUGUAUAUAAGGGAAUCUUGCUGGGCCGACCAUCAAUCUCGGCUUUAUGUGUGUCAAAGUGUUCUUCAGUAAAGUUUUCAGUGACAACAGAGCAAGCCUCUUGUGUUCAUUUGAAAGCGGCUGGAGUGAGCUGACACUCUAGGGCAGACCUAUAGAACUUGGCAGUAGGUAAGGACCAGAAUUAAAAUAGGCUACACUUCUUUGGGCCAUAGAUAGGUUUUUAGCACCUUGCCAAACUAUAGCUCCAGAAUUCCAUAGCACUGAGCCAUGGCAGUUGAAGUGCUGUCAAACUCUAUUAAUUCUACAGCGUAGGUGCACCCUAUGACUUUGAACUAUACUAAAAUGGUCAGCCUUCCAGGCAUCACAAGAUAUAUGGAGGCACAACCUUUUGAGCAAUAGAUUUUUUUUAUUUCAUUUAGCAUUCUCCACUUUGGCAGUUUCCUCUUUCUCCUUGCUUCAAGAGCGGCUGUUUCCACACUCUGUUUGGAUCUCAGCAACUUCUGCAACCCAAAUCUGCUUCUUGGAGCAAAAAGAGGAGGUGCCUGCCCAUUUCAUGUGGAUUAACUCUGACAGCUGAGUGAGGCAUCUGGGCCCAUAGGGAGAGUGUGGCUGCAGUGGCAUUGGCUUCGACCAAGCACUGUGGCUCUCCUCAGCUGGCGGCUUCUUUGUAGUUUCAGUUUCAAGCUGACCAGCUAUUGUCACUUCUUAGUUUUCUGCAACCCAUCAACAUUAGCAGAAUCAAUAUAAUGGUUACUAACUAUGCUAGUUGGAGGAUUUGGGAAGCUGUAGUUCAUAGAAUCAUAGAAUCAUAGAAUUAUAGAAUCGUAGAGUUGAAAGAGACCUCAUGGGCCAUCCAGUCCAACCCCCUGCAAAAAGCAGGAAAAUCUCAUUCAAAGCACCCCCGGCAGGUGGCCAUCCAGCCUCUGCUUAAAAGCCUCCAAAGAAGGAGCCUCCACCACACUCCGGAGCAGAGAGUCCCACUGCUGAACAGCUCUCACAGUGAGGAAGUUCUUC